AUGUUGACGCAGCAAGGUUUCCUGGGUCGCGCCAACUCCCGCUCCCUCCUUCGCAAAAACGGGUCCACACACGUCGAGCAUCAGCCAGUGCCCACGGCGGCGUCUGGCAGAGUCCAAGGCGCCAGCGCUCCGCUAUUCGUUCCGUCCUUCACUGGGCUUCGACGAACGAUAGUUGAAGACCUAACCACCUCCCUCCAAUCGCUAGAACAGAAGCUCACGAGAGACGCGCUCGAUGCCGAGCUGCGCCAUCGACGAGUAUCAGAAGCGGUGACGCUGCUAAGACAGAUGGACCAAGUCAUUGAAGGCGAGAUGCUGCAAGCCCGUCUUGAAGACCCCAUCUACGCAGGCUCCCGAGGCCUAAGCGUGCUGCACUUUGAUGUGCUCGAUACCGGGUAG